AUGGCCGGUGAGGUGGUUCCAAAAUUAUCCACCUUGUUGAAGUGCUUUCUGACAUCCAAACAAUUGAAGCAACUUCAUGGAUUAAUACUUGUUCAUGGCCUUAAUCAUCUUGAGGGACUGGUAAUCCGCCAUCUUAUAACCUCUCCAUCCGAUUACAAUCAAGGUAUUGCUCAUUAUCUUCGAUUAAUUCUUCGUCAUUCAAAACAACCAGAUGUGGCUUCUUCAAAUUCUGUUAUUCGGUAUUUCUGCGACCAUGGUGGGUUUCAAGAAGCCUUUGCUCAAUACGUGGAGCUGCAAAGAUCAGGUCUCUUACCUUCCACAUUUGCUGUAGCAUCUGCUUUGAAGGCAUGUGCAAGGCUUGGUAAUGGAAAUGGCGGGAUUAUGAUUCAUGGUCAAGUCCAUAGUCAUGGGUUUUGUGGGGAUGUUUACGUGGAGACUGCUCUACUUGGACUUUAUAAAAGUGUUAACGACAUGGAGACUGCAAAGAAGGUGUUCGAUGAAAUGUCUGAAAGAAAUGUAGUGUCUUGGAAUUCCAUGAUAGAUGGGUAUAUAAGAUCAGGGAAUUUAUCAAUAGCUGAAGAGUUCUUUUCUGGAAUGCCAAACAAGGAUGUUGUUUCUUGGAAUUCCAUGAUUUCAGGGUAUUCAAGAACAAGAGAUAUGGAGAAGGCGUUACGUUUAUUCCAAGAAAUGCCUGAGAGAAAUCCAACUUCAUGGAAUGUCAUGCUCAGUGGUUAUGUGGAGUCUGAUAAAAUAGAUUUGGCACGAAACUUCUACAACUCAAUGCCCCAAAGAAACACCAUUUCUUGUAUCACAAUGAUUGGUGGGUACUCAAAAUGUGGAGAUAUCAAAUCCGCACGUGAAGUAUUCAAUUGUAUGUCUCAAAAAGAUCAAUUGCUGUAUAAUGCCAUGAUCACUUGUUACUCUAAAAACAGUCGACCAAAAGAAGCACUCCAGCUAUUCGACAAAAUGCUUCAACUAAAAUCAAACAUCCAACCAGACAAAAUGACAUUAGCUACUGUCAUAUCCGCUUGUUCCCAACUAGGAGACUUCACUUUCGGGUCUUGGAUACAUGACAUUUACAUGAAACAAAUCAGCAUCACCAUGGAUGAUCACUUACGUACAUCAUUAAUCGACUUAUAUUCCAAACAUGGUUCCAUCGAUAAAGCCUUAAAACUGUUUCACGAGUUACACAAGAAAGACAUCAUUUCAUACACAGCCAUGAUUUUGGGUUGUGGAAACAAUGGGAAGGAACAUAUUGCCAUCCAACUGUUUGAUGAAAUGAUGGAGUCCAAAAUCCGUCCAAAUUUGGUUACAUUUUCAGGAAUACUAACCGCAUUAAGUCAUAUUGGUAAGGUUGAAGAAAGUUACAAAUGCUUCAAUUCCAUGAAAAGGUAUGGACUUGUGCCUACACCUGACCAUUACAGCCUCAUGGUUGAAAUUUUAGGCAGAGUAGGAAGGCUAGAGGAAGCUCACAACUUGAUUAAGGGAAUGCAAAUGGAGCCACAUUCUGGGGUUUGGGGUGCGUUGCUUCUUGGGUGUAGUAUGCAUGAUAAUGUUGAGUUGGGGGAAAUUGCAGCAAAACAUUGCUUUGAGUUGGAAAGUGAUAGUAGUGGGUAUGGUUCGCUUCUUGCUAAUAUUUAUGCGGGUGUUGGGAGGUGGGAGGAUGCUAAGAGAUUGAGAAAACGUGUACAUGAAAAGGGUUCGAUUAAGGUACCAGGGAGUAGCUGGAUGAAUCAUCUACAAGAAUAA